AUGACGACCCCCCUCCGCGCUCAACGCGCCUGCCUCCUCUGCUCCAUAGUCCAGCCCACCACCGUCUUCACAUCGCAGGGCUGUCCGAACUGUGAAGAACUCCUUCAGCUCCGCGGCUCGCCCGAAGUGAUCAACGAAAUGACCUCCCAAGUCUUCGAAGGUCUGAUCAGUCUACAUGAUCCAUCGACCAGCUGGGUGGCGAAAUGGCAGCGGCUGAGUGGGUAUGUGCCGGGGACCUAUGCGACGAAAGUGGUAGGGAGGCUACCGGAGGAUGUUAUACAGGGGCUGGAGGAUCAGGGGAUCAGGUAUUUUCCGAGAGAUGGGUCGAACGCAGAUGAGGAGGGUGGUGGGGAGGUCGCUGGCGGUGCUUGA